UUGCAUCAACAAAAAAACUUUCCUGAUUUUGUCCUUGAAGCAACCAUUUCCUGCAGCAUCCAUGGAUUCACCGCAGUUGGGCGUCAUCGGCAUCCUCAAAGAAGCCACCUGCAUCCCUCUCAAGAACAAGAAGUUGAUGCUCCCCAUCAUCCUCCUCUCCACGCUCUCCUCCUCUCUCCUCUCCCUCAGCAACUACGUAUCCAUCUACCCCCUGCUGCUCAACUUCAUCAUCAAGCUGUACGUGCUGAACCAGGAGGACCCCAGCACGCCCCAAUUCUUCGACGCCAUCAUAGGAAUCAAAGCCGACGCCGAGGACUUCCUGCACAUCUACAAGGUCUUCAUCGUCGCCUCCUACCUCUUCUCCCUCCUCUUCAUUAUCCUCGUGGUGCAGGCAUCGGCCAUCACUUACUCCGGCAAGGAAUUGACGCUAGAGGACUUGUUGAAGAGGAUCAGAGGAUCAUGGAAGGCGGUUCUGGUUACAAAGAUCCACUUCACAUUUUUGUACAUUGGCUAUACGAUUCUGUCAGUGUCUCUGAUAGCGGUGUUCAUGCUGGACGCGGAGGGGUCUGGUGUUUGGAUUGCAAUGGGUGUAAUUCUCGGUUUGUUGGCGCGUGUGUUUUAUGUGUACUUGGGCAUGGUGUGGAUGGUUGGGCUGGUGAUGUCUGUGUUGGAGGAUGGGUGCUGGGGGCUUGAGGCGUUGAGCAGGGCAGGGGAGGUGGUGAAGGGAAGGAGGUGGCAGGGGUUUGCACUUGCCACCAUUCUUCUUGUGGCUGAUGGGGUUUUCACUGGAGGAUACGGUUUGGGGAUGGGGAAGAGCCAUGCUCAGGUGGAGAGGGUGGGGGUCACAGGAGCCGUUGUGGUAAUUGUUCUGCAGCUUCUGAAAGUGCUAUCCAUGAUGGUGCAUACUGUGUUCUACUGUGAGUGCAGGGGGAUGAAUCACAAACAAGGGGAGUUCACUUAUCCAAAGGUGAUAAAUUCAAAUGUUACUCAUAGUGAUGAUGAAGCAGUCCUCCAAGAGAUUUGUGUUUGUGAGAGAGGACUUCUUUUAGUUGCAUAG